UGCGUGCGCGCACGCGCCGCGUGUGUCUGCGAGGGAGAGGGCGAGCCCCUGGAGUGAUGAUGGCAGCAGGGGGAGCGCAGAGGCUCAUAGCGGAAUGAGAAGUUGCCGGUGAUGGCGGAUAAACCCUCCACGCUGUUCGUGAAGCUGUUUGCCGCCGGGUUUUACGGUCUCAGCUCGUUCCUCAUCGUCGUGGUGAACAAGAGCGUCCUCACCAACUACAGGUUCCCCUCAUCAAUAUGCGUGGGCAUAGGACAAAUGCUGGCCACGGUGAUCGUGCUGUCGGUGGGCAAGGCUGCGAGGGUGAUCACCUUCCCAGAUCUGGAUGAGAGUAUACCUCACAAGACAUUUCCUCUACCUCUCCUGUAUGUGGGAAAUCAAAUCACUGGUCUUUUUGGUACCAAGCGGCUCAAUUUGCCGAUGUUUACAGUCCUCAGGAGAUUCUCCAUCCUGUUCACCAUGCUGGCUGAGGGAUUUCUGCUUAAGAAGAAGUUCUCCAGGCCGGUCCAGCUGACAGUGUUUACAAUGAUCCUUGGGGCGUUCAUAGCCGCAAGUGCCGACCUGUCCUUUGACCUGCAAGGCUACGUCUUCAUUCUGAUGAACGAUGUUCUGACCGCAGCCAACGGAGCCUACGUAAAGCAGAAGCUGGACGCAAAGGAGUUGGGGAAAUAUGGAUUAUUAUACUAUAAUGCGUUAUUUAUGAUCCUGCCCACACUCCUGUUGGCUGAAGCGACUGGAGACAUGCAAAAGGCUACAGAGUUCGACGGCUGGUCUGAUAUGUUUUUCCUCUCCCAGUUUGUCCUCUCGUGUGUCAUGGGGUUUAUUCUGAUGUAUUCUACUGUGCUAUGCACACAGUACAACUCUGCUUUAACGACUACUAUUGUAGGCUGCAUUAAGAAUGUCCUGGUGACGUACAUCGGGAUGGUGUUUGGUGGAGACUACAUUUUCUCUUGGACUAACUUCAUAGGUUUGAACAUCAGUAUUGCUGGCAGCUUGGUGUAUUCGUACAUCACCCUCACAGAGGAGCAGUCCAGCAAACCGAGCGACAGCACCAAGCUGGAGAUCAAGGGGAAGGUUGUUGUGUGACAGACACUGGAUGUGAUCCUUUGAAGCCAGCGAAUGGGAAAACUCUAUUUUUAGUACUACUUUUAUUUAUGGGGUGCUCAAGCAGCAGAUUAAUGGAAGCGUUGGGAAGGAUGCUCCGUUAACUUUCUGUUGUGCGUCUUAACGGGAAAGAAGCUGCACCACCCUCCUGCCCCUCAUGCUGCUGCCAUGGUAACAAAAUCCUCCAGAGGGAAUGUUGCAGGAUUUUUAGAUGUUUUCUUGUGUCUUAUAGUAUUGUACGUGGAGUAUUAAGAACAAGGGAACAAUAAUAUGUAAAUUCAGUUAUUUUUCUGGUUUUUGGAUAGAAACCGUGUAUUUCAGGGUCGGAACAUCUCCGAGUUCAGCCUUGGGAUGAUCGUUGUCGUCAGCUGUCGUACAGAUGAGUGGUACUGAUGCAUCACUGGGAUAGAAGUCAUUGGUUAUUUAAAAGGCGCCGUUUUGUAAAGCCUUUUGCGUUUUUAAGGCAUGUAACCUUUGAGAACGGUGAAAUGCACUGGCAAUGGCGAUCCCUGUCUUUAGCCAUUAACUUGUUGCAGUUUUAGGGGAGAUGCUGCUGUUAACCUCUUACUGACUAAUGGCAGUGAUUCGGGGAGAGCAUUAUUUAGAACUUCCUCCCUCAGUAUUUUUGGUUUUUGAGAAUUUCUUUGUGGACUCUAAAAAAA